AGUUUGCAAAAGAAAAAUUGGAGUAUAAUAACCCUGAUAUAAUUACAGAAAGUAAGAAUGAUAACGAGACUACAUAUUUUAAUAAUAAAGAAAAACAAAACAAUUCUGUCAAUAUUAACAACAAAGUAAUUUGUCGUGCAUAUGUUUAUUUUUGCACAAAUUUUGGAGAUUCUGCUAGUAAAGUUGUUGACUUACCACCAACUUUUCAAUCCUUGGAAACCUUGCAAUUUAUUUACUCAAUAUCGUUUCCAAAAACGAGUGCACACAAAGCCAAUUGGGCGCUGUUAAUGGGAGAAAAAUUUAGAAUAAUUAAUAUUCUUUCUGACUCAGUAUUAAAAGUUGCUGGCAAUUUCAAAAAUAUAUGUGAAUUUGAGAUAGUUCUCGAUAUAGAGAAUAGUAAUAAAAUCGAUGAAUAUGAAGAGAAAUUUGAGGAAUACAUUGCUGAAAUUUUAAAGAUCUGA